AUGAAAAGGCCGCAAAAGACAGAAAAGGUGAUGAGAAACUUGCAAGACAAGUUGCGCCGUUGGAUCAACCUGGGUACAGAAUCAAGCCUUAAGAAGCAAACCCAUCAAGGCCUCAUUCAUCCUCAGCUUUUCUUAGAAGUGGCAGUGCUUGAUUGGACAGUAGAUUUGGAGAAGGGAGACUUGAUGCUUGAUGAGGAGUUCAAUGGUUUGUUUAGGGGUAGUGUGAUCAUUAUGAAAAGAAGGAUCGGAUGUGAUUGUUUUCGAGAGCCAUGUGCGGUUGUUUCAGCUCAUACAAAGAGCGUGAUUUUCGAGGUCGAAAUGGAAAGAGAUCGGUACAGACUUUGCGAGGAAAUGGAAGGACAACCUGAAGGAGAAGAGAAGAGGAAUCCGCGUUUAGUCACCACUUCCAUUUCCAUCGCGUGA